CCUUUAACAGAUCUGACAGCUCAAACUGACACCAGGAAGUAAAAGUGAAGCAAAUAAAAACUGGGCUCGGCUUCUUGUGGAACACAUUUAGUUGUUUUGUUUCCAGUUCUUUAGAGGUGAAACUAGCAGCAAGAAACCAAAUGGAUUCMAGAAAGUUCUCCUGUUCCAUCUGUUCGUGCCUCCUGAAGGAUCCGGUGACUAUUCCCUGUGGACACAACUACUGUAUGAGCUGUAUUAAAGAGUUCUGGGAUGGAGAGGCAAGGAGAAACUACAGCUGCCCUCAGUGCAGGAAGGACUUUGAACCAAGGCCUGUUGGUGGGGACAUGUCCACACCAGUCCUUCAGAAAGUUACGCCCUUGGCUGGAGCUGAAUAUGUGUCCUGUGAUGAGAGGAAACUGAAAGCUGUCAAGUCCUGUCUCAACUGUUUGGUCUCUUAUUGUGAAAAUCACCUCAAACCUCACUACAGUCUUGAUCAAUUAAAGAAACACCAGCUGGUGGAGCCGUCCAAGAAGCUCCAGGAGAACAUCUGCCCUCGUCAUGAUGAGGUGAUGAAGAUCUUCUGUCAUACUGAUCAGCAGUGUAUCUGUUAUCUCUGCUUAAUGGACCAACAUAAAGUACAUGAAACAGUCUCAGCUGCAGCAGGAAGAGCUGAGAAGCAGAAGGAGCUGGAGGCCAGUCGACAACAAAUCCAGCAGAGAAUCCAGGAGCGACAGAAAGAUGUGAAGCUGCUCCAACAGGAGGUGGAGGCCAUCAAUGUCUCUGCUGAUMAAACAGUGGAGGACAGUGAGGCGAUCUUCACUCAGCUGAUCCGUCUCAUCCAGAAAAGAAGCUCUGAUGUGAAGCAGCAGCUCAGAUCCCAGCAGGAAACUGAAGUGAGUCGAGUCAAAGAGCUUCAGGAGAAGCGUUAGCAGGAGAUGACUGAG